AUGGCACAUAGGCUCCUCUCAUCUACGAACAGAUUCAGCGCAAGACUCGCCUUCAUCUUCACCGUGUCACUGUCCUGCACCUAUUUGUGCUAUAGUAUUCUUUUCUGCCGGGGCACACUCAUGACCAACCAGGGAUACGAGGGGAAACGGUGCCCGCCGAGCAAGACCGCAGCAGGGGGGAAGAAACUUCUUGGAAAUUCAGAGAAUUGCGCGUCGCUGGAAGUCCGGUCCGCCCUGGAUGAGACCGCUGCCCGGCGAGGAUCCAGUGAGCUCCGGGACCGAAGUAAAGCCCCCCCCGCGUCCGGGAGUCACUGGGCUGAUACCAAGUUGAGAAACAUGAGCGUUGCGCAGAGAUAUGGGAAUAAGAAGCUGCCGAACGCGUUGAUAGUCGGGGUGAAGAAAGGAGGCACCAGGGCGGUGCUGGAGUUCAUCCGGAUACAUCCAGAUGUGCGCGCACUCGGAACAGAGCCGCACUUUUUCGACAGAAACUACGACAGGGGGCUGGAUUGGUACAGGGGACUGAUGCCGCGAACACUAGACAGCCAGAUCACGUUAGAGAAGACUCCCAGCUACUUCGUCACCAGAGAGGCACCCAGACGCAUCUCCAGCAUGUCCCACGAGACCAAGCUGAUUGUUGUGGUGCGUAACCCGGUCACAAGAGCCAUCUCCGACUACACGCAGACUCUUUCCAAGAAGCCCGACAUUCCCACGUUUGAGCACCUGGCCUUUAAGAACAGAAGUUUAGGUCUCGUUGACACCUCCUGGAACGCCAUUCGGAUCGGAAUGUACAUCCUGUACCUGGAGAACUGGCUGCAGUACUUUCGCCCGUCACAGAUGCACUUUGUGAGCGGCGAGCGGCUGAUCACUGAUCCAGCGGGGGAGAUGGGCCGCGUUCAGGACUUCUUGGGACUGAAACGAAUAAUCACGGACAAGCACUUCUACUUUAAUCGAACCAAAGGCUUCCCCUGUCUGAAGAAGCCGGAGAGCAGCAGCCAGCCACGCUGCCUCGGCAAAUCCAAGGGGAGGACUCACGUAUUGAUCGACGAGGAGGUCAUAGAGCAGCUGCAGGAGUUUUAUAGGCCAUUUAAUACCAAAUUCUAUGAAACAGUGGGACAGGACUUCAAGUGGGACUGA